UAUUGAUCAGGGUCACAGUCUGGGGACAGCAGGACAGAAGUCAUAAUGUGGCGACAGAUCUUGGACAAUGGCAGGUGAGAGGAAUCCCCCGCCGGCAGAUUUAGGUUCAUUUGUAAAAAUAUUAAAAUUUCCAAAUUACAAUGUAUACAGUUAUUACUUUAUUAUUUCUGUUAUGCUGGUUUUUUUCCCUAUUAUUUUUUUCCAGGAUUUACACAAAAUGAACAGGAGACUUCUCACAGAAUCCGAUAAAGAAUAAAAUCAAUGUUUUCUUUAGUUAGUUAUUAACUCUUUCACGACAAGUGCCUUUCUAACAUUAAGGUCCAGGUAAUUCCCGCCGUAAGAAAGUUACUGUUUAGGAAGUUCUAUAAAAAGUCACUAAACAAUGUCUGGAGAGAUCUAAAGCUCAGGUCUAAUCACUGCUUCUUGUUCAGCAAUGCAGCAAUAAUUCAAUAUACCCUCCCCCUCCUCCUGGCCUUUAUCUAAAUUCCUCCCCCACCUCGCAUUAUUACAUCCCCCAAUCCAUUGUAUUCAAAUUCUUUAAUCUGCAUCAUUAAAAUCCCCCGCCUACUUUUAUACAAUGCUAUCAUCUAUUUAUUCCAUCGUCUCCCUAAACCCUCUUUAUUACAUCCCCCCCAAUCCAUUGUAUUAACAUUCUUUAACCUGCAUCAUUAAAAUCCCCCGCCUAUGUUUAAACAAUGCUAUCAUCUAUUUAUUCCAUCGUCUCCCUAAACCCUCUUUAUUAACCCCCCACCAUGCUCCCCAAUCCAUUGUAUUAAAAUGACUGACGUCCAGCCCACUUUAUUGAACAUUGUGCCCACUUCCCAAAUUUCUUCUCAAAGGCCUAUUCAUUGAUAUGCUCUACCUUCUGGUUUUAUUAAGAUCCUCCAUAGAAUAAAAUGAUUCCUAAGCACACCAAUAGUUAUUGCACAAAAAUAUUUUAUAUUUAAUAACAAGGUGCAAGAAAGUGCAAUCAUAUAUAUAGUACUGCGUACAUAUCAAUGAAGUGCUAAUACCACAAACCCAUUCAAUACAUAUAAGGUCCUGACCUAGAGCAGGAGACCACAAAGCUCCGGUGUCUCGGCACUUGGUCAUCCUCUAAGAAAGAUUUAACAGUAAUAAUAAAAUCUUAUUUUUAUGUAUUUAAAUGACGUCUUUGAUUUUCAUUGAAGAAUGGUAAUGAACACACACACUGAUUGCAGAAAAGGGGUUAAUCUGGAAGAUUCUGUUAGUAAAAAAGUUAAUAUUUAACUAUAACCAGAGGAGUGAUACAGUCAUUAUGGAUUACAUUGUGUGUCCUCUCACCCCUUGAAACUGAGUACAAAGUUUAAAAAAAAAAGGGAUCAGCGCUCUCUAUCUAAUCACAAAUACACAACAGAAAAGAUAAAAUGUGGCAGCACACCUAAAAAUAGGGCUCCUUCGCAGGCUAUACAACAGAAAUGAUACAAAUAAAUAGGGAAAGGUAGUGCUACUAAAAACCAAAUAAGAUAAAUAAAAGCAUAUAACAGGCAGAAUAAACAGAGAAUAUAAAGUAAAAAAUAAAGAACUUAAAAGUCCAGGGUAGAUAGUCUGAAUGGUAGAUGAAUCCAACACCGAGGUGUUGCUUUAUGGAAGGGGGUACAGUCUUUCAUAAUUGGUGUGUUCUCCAGAGUGGUAUAGAUGUGUCUUUGUAAUUCAUAUGAAAAUAGAUAAAAAUAACAACUGAUGAUGUAGUAUGUCCCAAAAGGGGUAAAAGCAGUAUAAAGAAUACAUGGUCCUCACGUUUUUUAGAGCUAUAAACUUAGCUCUAGUGUUGAUAACGUACAUUGGUACAAUCCCCACUUAUGGAAUACGUGAGGUCUUUGUAUUCUUGCUUGAUUGGGGAACCAUAUGUGAAAUUAAAAAAGGGUCCCUUUUUUGAUUCUUGCAGUAGUGUUGGCUCUUGUAGAUAUGCUAUAAAAUAUAAGAUAUAUGGUGCAGUAUGUCAAAUUCAAAUAAAAAAAAAAGAAUAAUAACGGUUAUGCACUCACAUGUGCCAGAGCCUGGAAAGCGGCUCUCCAGAUUUAUCUUAAAGUGGUAUAAUCUCCACUUGUGGAUGUUGAGGGUGGUGGUCUUACUCCAAGGAUAUAGAUAAAAGGAAAAGACAAAUGAAAAUAGUGACCACGUGUAGAGUGCAAGAUAAAAUUAAAUGGAUAAAAACUACUCACGUUUAAUAGAGCAGAUAAAAAUUGCUUUGUCUAACAGGCUUAGCUGGUACCAUCCCCACAAAGGACAUAGAUGUUCAGGAAAUCCAGAAGCAAAACAGGUCGCAUAAAAAACUUUUAUUAAUAAAAAGAUUUUAAAAAAUAAUAUAAAAAUAAAGAAAAAGCUAUAUAAAACAAUAUUAGGGUACACUUGAUACAUUUCACCAUAAAAAGGCUUUAUGUAAAGUGUUAUUGGAAGAGAUGCAUUCCCCCCUCCCCCACCUCCCCACCACCAACACACACACUUCUCAAUUCUCACACGCUUCUCCCACUGAUUAUGUGGCUCUCACGCAGAUAUAAUAAGCACGCUGCACCCAGAAUGUCUGUAUGAGAUUCCCACAAUCGUAAGUUUGGCACACACAGCGCACCCAAACAGGGCCAGAUUUUACUUUAACUGCGUCUAUAGAAACAAGAUUUGAGAAACAUCCCCUUCUCCCUAAAAAAAAAAGGCUUAAUUUUAUUAGACAAGAAAGGAACAAACAAAUAGAUACAUAAAACCCAGCACAUAAAGUGUUGAGAAGUCACUAUAUCUCCUGGAGAUUAAAGUAGUUAUGAAAAUAGUAACGGUAGGGGGGCGGGGCCUGACCGCAGAGCCGAGUGGUCGACAACCUCAUGGGCUCCUGCAUGAAUCCGCUAAUUAAACUAUUUUUCUCGACCCAAACAGAGAUUAAUCGAGCCGUUAGAGCCAGCAAUUGACAGGGAAUACUGAGCGGAACAUAAUGAUACCCCUCAAGCGGCGAAACGAGAAAUUAAUGCCGGAAGAACGUCAGAGGCCUACUUGACAGGUGGGAGCAGGAGAGACAACUUCUCUCCCCCCGCCACGACCAAGGGCCUCGGCCGGUGGAGGUCAUCCUGGUCCUCCAGCAUAAGGCAGUCACUCACCUCUGGGACACAGACCCAAGCCACGCCGUCCAGACGGCAAUACGAGGCCUGGCCAAGAUGGCUGUCGGCAGGGCUAUUAACCUGCAAUGGCAGAAUGAUGAGGACUGGGCAUCGGCUUUCAAGGCUUAAUUCGAUGCAAUCUGCCAGUGCUUCUGGGACCGCAUCGAGGCUAGGUGCCCACGUCCUGCACCGGUACCGGUACCUGCCUCAAUGGCAACGAGCCAAAGCACACCCCCUAACACGCAGAUGGGCCACACGAAUAAAGAGCAUCCACCGCGAGAGAGGUCACAAGAAACGGAGACCCGGAGGACAAAGCAAAGACCGGGUAUAUCCCGCAUGAAACUGCCACGCAAAGGUCGGGCAAAGGUGCCACAGAAAUGGGUGGGAGGCUCCUGCAGACCGUCCACCACCAAGCGGGGUCCCAACAGACCACAACCAGCAGGGCACCACCACCAGACAAAACGUUAAGCGUGGGAAAAGCCAGAGGACUGCUUUUGGGGCACCUCUCGCCACCUUGUAUUAUAUAUUUGCACUGCAAAAAUAAAGAAUUCAAAUAUAUAUAUAUAUAUUUUUAAAGUACAAAAAAAAAAAAGAAAAUAGUAACCGUACAGACAUAAAGAUACCUACAAUUAGGUGAGUAUGUAGUAUAAAUAGGAUCUGCUAAAAGAUGAUGAAGGAAGGAAUAAUAAUAGCAAAGAAAAUCCUAAGGCUCCUAUGUAACAAAUAUAUAACGACAGACUCAGAAUCAUUGAGCUCAGGUGGAGUCCAAAUAAAUACAGCUUUACCAGUUAUGGCUCUCAGUGUAAGAGAACAUCCCCCUUGGUCAUAUAUCUAGUGUUAUAUAGUAAGAUAACUCCUGGUCACAUAUAUCCUAUGAAUCUGUGUAUGGUAGAUCUUAGUGAUGUACUAGUAGCUCAAUCUAUAGACUAAUUUUCCUUCUCCCUAGACGUACUUAGUAUAUCAGUAGAUCUAUGGUGCUCUUUAGGGGUAAUCAAUCAGGUAUCUAAUAGGAUAUAGCAAAUAUAAGAAAUAUUGAACAGCUAGGUCAAGUUGUCAAAAUUGUAUACACUUGUAUCCUUGUCAAAAAUUACUAUCAGAGUUUAAAGGUAGAGAGUAGAAAGUGAAAAGUCUAUUGCCGGCCAAAUUAGCCGGCCCGGUAGUAAUAGGAUUCAAUAGCCUCUCUCCCUGUUAAACUAGAUAGACAUAGGAGCAGAAAAUAGUUAGAAGAAAUUAUAACAACAUGUAAUUCAAAACUUGCUAAAUCAAAGUGCCGUGCCCAGUACCUAUGACCCAGGAAGAAAAACACCAAUUAAUUUUAUUAGAGUAGGCAUUAGGUUGCUAGAAUAGGACCUGCCAAGAAUGGGGUACAUUGACGUUGUUGCAGGCUUAUGCAAUGUAUGACAAUAUACUGUAAGUAUAUUUAGCAACAACGAGAAAAAAUACUGCAAGUUCUCAGUGCAUAAAUACUCCUGAGGCUUGCUGCAUUACCUGGAGAUCAAAAUAUAGCUAUGUAGUCCUAUCAAUAAAUCAACUAACUAAUAAUAUAAAGACUACUAGAAAUCAGAUAUAGUUAAUAAAAAAUGUAUACAUAAUGACAGUGGCGUACACAUGACCCAUGGGGCCCCGGUGCAAAAAUUGAUCCGUGGGCCCCCCCCCGCGUGCGGGCCGGGUCGCAACACAUGGCGGUGGGCACCUGGUUGCAGGGGUUACAGGGCUGCGACCCCUGCGACUGCGGUAUGUACGCCAGUGCACACACACUUAAAGGACCACUCUAGGCACCCAGACCACUUCAGCUUAAUGAAGUGGUCUGGGUGCCAGGUCCAGCUAGGGUUAACCCAUUUUUUCAUAAACUUAGCAGUUUCAGAGAAACUGCUAUGUUUAUGAAUGGGUUAAGCCUUCCCCUAUUUCCUCUAGUGGCUGUCUCAUUGACAGCCGCUAGAGGCGCUUGCGUGCUUCUUACUGUGAUUUUCACAGUGAGAGCACGCCAGCGUCCAUAGGAAAGCAUUAUGAAUGCUUUCCUAUGUGACCGGCUGAAUGCGCGCGCAGCUCUUGCCGCGCGUGCGCAUACAGCCGACGGGGAGGAGAAGAGGAGGAUCGGAGGAGGAGAGCUCUCCGCCCAGCGCUGGAAAAAGGUAAGUUUUACCCCUUUUCCCCUUUCCAGAGCUGGGCGGGAGGGGGCCCCUGAGGGUGGGGGCACCCUCAGGGCACUAUAGUGCCAGGAAAAGGACCACUACAGACACCCAGAUCACAUCAGCUCAAUGAAGUUGUCUGGGUGUCAGGUCCCUCUAGUUUUAACCCUGCAGCUGAAAACAUAGCAGUUUCAGAGAAACUGCUAUGUUUCACUGAGGGUUAAUCCAGCCUCUAGUGGCUGUCUCACUGACAGCCGCUAGAGGAGCACACUGAACGUCCAUAGGAAAGCAUUGAGUAAUGCUUUCCUAUGGGCGGUUUGAAUGCGUGCGCGGUCGCAUUCGGAGCUGAGAGGCUGAGGGAUCCCCAGCGCCAAGGGAGUCCGGCGCUGGAGAAAGGUAAGUGCUGAAGACACACACACACUUACAGACGCAUACACACUAGCUAACAGACACACACAUUUACUGACAGAGAUACAGUCAGCGACAGACAUACAUACACACUCACUUACAAAACAUACACUCUCAUUGACAAACACGCACUCACUAACAGACAUCAAACAGACUCACUAACACACACACACUCAGUAAGACACACACAGUAACACACUCACUGACACUCACUAGCAGACACACACACUAACACACUAACACUCACUAGCAGACACACACUAACACACUCUAACACUCACACUAACACUCACACACACUAACACACACACACAGUCACACACACUAAACACACACACUAACACUCACUCUACUCACACUCACACACACACACUAACACACACACAUGAUUUUUUUUUUUUUUUUAAUAUAAUCCCCCCAGCCUCCUUACCUCUUGGAGUGCUGGGGGGGAUUAUUCCCUGGGGUCCAGUGGGGCUCCUGUGCGGGUGGCCGGUCGGGCAGGCAGGCAGGCGGGCGCGCGAGGGAGCACUCAGUGCUUCCUCUUCAGCUCCCUCGCGCGCCGCCUAAGGAUGCCGGCGCCGGAAGAUGACGUCAUCUUCCGGCUCCGGUAUCAGUGCGGUGCGCGAGGGAGUUGAAGAGGAAGCACUGAGUGCUCCCUCGCGCGCCCGCCUGCCUGCCUGCCCGACCGGCCACCCGGGGUCAGCAGGGGUCACCAGGGGAAGAGGCUGGCCCUUGGCGUACAUACCGGGUCGCAGGGGCGGCCGGGCCCCCUGGUGGGCCGGGCCCGGUCGCAGUCGCGACCCCUGCGACCCUGGUAUGUACGCCAGUGCAUAAUGAAUAAUCCUAUAAAGGUGAUACUAAUACUCCCAUGUCCCCCAGAUUACCAAGUCCCAUAGGUAGAUAUCUAGAGUCCAUAAAAACUGAACAACCAGCCCUAUCUCUAUCACCACUUUAUUAGAAAAAAUAUAUUUUUAUACUGAAAUAGGGAUGAGUCCAGUAAAAGAAAAAUAUAUAUGUAGAUAAAAGAUACCUAGAAAAUUACUAUCUCUGGGUACACACUCCUAAAUCCUAACUCAGAUCCAUAUGCUGGGUAUGAUAAUUAUAUAAAUGUCAAAAGAUACCUCUAUCUGAAACAGAGGCAAUAUAUGUCAAGAAUAUAAGACUCCUCCAAUUGCAUACAAGAAAGGAUUAGGUAUAAAGCACAGAGAGAGAAUAGAGAUAAUAAAUCAAAUGUACAGUUUCUAAGAAACUGACAGUAUAUAGUUAAGAAGCCUCUCUCCCUGUUAAGCUAGCUAGAUAGACAUAGGAGUAGAAAUAAAGAAGUGAAAAAAUAUAUUAAACAGAAAAAAAUCCCAUAAAAUUAGUGCCCAUCAUGGUGCUAUAUACACCAGUGCUCAUAAAAUAUGAGAAAAACGCCCGACGCGCGUUUCGGUGCCUUGAGAGAUGCACCUUCGUCAGGGGCCAGGGCGAAGGUGCAUCUCUCAAGGCACCGAAACGCGCGUCGGGCGUUUUUCUCAUAUUUUAUGAGCACUGGGCACUGGUGUAUAUAGCACCAUGAUGGGCACUAAUUUUAUGGGAUUUUUUUCUGUUUAAUAUAUUUUUUCACUUCUUUAUUUCUACUCCUAUGUCUAUCUAGCUAGCUUAACAGGGAGAGAGGCUUCUUAAAUAUAUACUGUCAGUUUCUUAGAAACUGUACAUUUGAUUUAUUAUCUCUAUUCUCUCUCUGUGCUUUAUACCUAAUCCUUUCUUGUAUGCAAUUGGAGGAGUCUUAUAUUCUUGACAUAUAUUGCCUCUGUUUCAGAUAGAGGUAUCUUUUGACAUUUAUAUAAUUAUCAUACCCAGCAUAUGGAUCUGAGUUAGGAUUUAGGAGUGUGUACCAUGAGACAGUCCUUUUCUAGGUAUCUUUUAUCUACAUAUAUAUUUUUCUUUUACUGGACUCAUCCCUAUUUCAGUAUAAAAAUAUAUUUUUUCUAAUAAAGUGGUGAUAGAGAUAGGGCUGGUUGUUCAGUUUUUAUGGACUCUAGAUAUCUACCUAUGGGACUUGGUAAUCUGGGGGACAUGGGAGUAUUAGUAUCACCUUUAUAGGAUUAUUCAUUAUGUAUACAUUUUUUAUUAGCUAUAUCUGAUUUCUAGUAGUCUUUAUAUUAUUAGUUAGUUGAUUUAUUGAUAGGACUACAUAGCUAUAUUUUGAUCUCCAGGUAAUGCAGCAAGCCUCAGGAGUAUUUAUGCACUGAGAACUUGCAGUAUUUUUUCUCGUUGUUGCUUUCCGUGUCUACUGGGGUUAAGCCCCUUUAGGGAUUCCUGGUGUCCCACUGCGGUACACAGCCUUCUGGGUGGGACCCUGACACUGUUCCCCUUUCCUAUCUAGGGGGGAGUGUGUGGGUACACACCCAGAUCUCUGUUUUUUCUUUUUUGUUUGCUUUUGAUGUAAGUAUAUUUAUACUAGGUGAGGUGUUUUUAAAGAAAACCUUUACGUUUUGUGAGACUUAAAAUUGCUGUUUAGCGAAUAAGUGAGGGUGCUGAAUCUUUUAUAAUUACAAUUCUUUUUUAAUUUACAAUUAUAAUAUAAUUACACACAUUCUCACACACAGCUAAUCACACACACAUUAUCACACACAGAUAAUCACACACAUUCUAAAACACACAGAUAAUCACACACAUUCUCUCACUCAGAUAAUCACACACACAUUAUCACACACAGAUAAUCACACAUAUUCUCACACACAGCUAAUUACACACAUUCUCACCCACAGAUAAUCACACACAUUCUAAAACACACAGAUAAUCACACAUAUUCUCACACCCAGCUAAUUACACACAUUCUCACACACAGAUAAUCACAUACAUUCUCACACACAGAUAAUCACACACAUCUCACCCACAGAUAAUCACACACAUUCCAAAACACGCAGAUAAUCAGACACAUUCUCACACACAUAUUAUCACACACACAGAUAACCACACACAUUCUCACACCCAGCAAAUCACAUGCAUCUCACCCACAGAUAAUCACACACACAUUAUCACACACAGAUAAUCACACACAUUCUCACCCACAGAUAAUCACACACAGAGAUAAUCACACACACAUUCUCACCCACAGAUAAUCACACACAUUCCUAAACACACAGAUAAUCACACAUAUUCUCACACACAGCUAAUUACACACAUUCUCACGCACAGAUAAUCACAUAUAUUCUCACACACAGAUAAUCACACACAUCUCACCCACAGAUAAUCACACACAUUCCAAAACACACAGCUAAUCAGACACAUUCUCACACACAUAUAAUCACACACACAGAUAACCACACACAUUCUCACACCCAGCAAAUCACCUGCAUCUCACCCACAGAUAAUCACACACACAUUAUCACACACAGAUAACCACACACAUUCUCACACACAGAUAUUCACACACACAGAUAACCACACACAUUCUCACACCUAGCAAAUCACAUGCAUCUCACCCACAGAUAAUGACACACAUUCUAAAACACACAGAUAAUCAGACACAUUCUCACACACAUAUAAUCACACACACAGAUAACCACACACAUUCUCACAUACAGCAAAUCACAUGCAUCUCACCCACAGGUAAUCACCCACAUUCUCACACACAUCUCACCCACAGUCCCAUGUUUUAGACUCCUGUCCUGGCAAAAUUGGGUCCUGGGACCUGCCCUGCAGCAGUGCGUGUAUAACUUUGUGGUUCACACCCUGGCAUUCAUACGCGAACACUAAAUACAAAUACAGAAUACCCUUGUGAUCACGUACACACAGUCCAUAUUAAAACCUGACAACUUUCAAACACACAGAAAGACAAACACAAACAAACCUCAGCAUUCAUAUGCCAUCAUUACACACAAAUAUACCCUUGCAAUCACUUAUACACCGUCCAUAUAAAAACACCCAAUUUUCAGACACUGCACACAAACACACUCCGGCAUUCAUAUGCCAACACUACACACAGAACACCCCUGCAUUCAAAUGCUAACACAACAUACGAAAUAUUUAAAAUAAUAUGUUCUGUUGGAAAAAGUGUUGGAAUGAUUGAUAAAUGAGUUGCUAAAAGGACACAAAAAAGAAACAAAACCUGACAGAUUUAUUAAAUUUCACCAAAAAAGUUCUGAAAGUGAAAUGUAAGAGAGCUGGUGACACGUUGAUAAAUCUCCUCGAAGUAUCCCUGGAAUGUCUUUUGAAAUGUUUGUAACUAUGGCACAGCCAUCACAUCCUGGCUCCUGACAUUAGCACAGGACAUGCGCGGCAGUGCACAAUGUAAACACAGCCCCCUCGCUGCCGCAACCCCCCAGACAGAAUAGAAACCAGCUGAAUUGGGGUACCUACCAGACCCAGAAUGGUCAAUGCAAAUGCCUGGUGGGCCGUGAUGGCCAUGGGCUGAGUCCGGCCGGGGAGAUCAGUGUAUCUCCCCUGCCGGCCCAUACAGAGCCAGUGCUAUCAGAGCGCCGGCCCUGCUGUGUGCCUUCAUGGGCUGGUGGGGAGACAAACUAUCUCCCCACCGGCCCACAGGCACUAAGAUGCGGCUGCCGUUUGGGAAUGAGAGGACCCGGAGCGUUUCCGUGGUUACUAUGGCAACGCUCCAAUCUUGCGAGAGUGAACUCUACCCCAGGAAGUGCAGGGUAGAGUUCACUCCUCACAGGACCACGAGGGAUUUCCUACCGGACCACCUAUGCUGGCAACAAGGUCCCCCCUCCCAGGCAAAAGUAAGAAGGGGGAGACAUAAAUAUAAUAAAAAAAAUAAUAAUUUUUAAAAAAAAAUACACAUAUAUAUAUAUUUGCUAUUUUAACCCCACAGCACCCCAAACACCACACUGCACCCCAAACAUCACACUACACCCUAAAAACCACACUUCAACCCUCACACACACACACUACACCCCAAACAUCACACUACACCCCAAACACCACACUACACUCCAAACAUCACACAACACCACACUGCACCCCUCACACACAAACACUACACUCCAAAUACCACACUGCACCCCUCACACACACACCACCCCAAACACCACACUGCACCCCUCACACAUACACACACACUACACCUCAAACACCACAGAGCACCCCAAACACCACAAAGCUUCCCAAACAGCACAGAGCACCCCAAACACACAGUGCACCACACACACACACACACACUGCACCACAAACACCACACAGCACCCCUCAGACACACACUGCACACCAAACACCACAGAGCACCCCAAACACCACACAGCACACUCUUCACACAAACUGCACCUCAAACACCACACACACUACACCCAAAACAUCACACACACUGCACCACACACACCACACAGCACCUGAAACACACAGUGCACCCCAAACACACACUACACCUCAAACACCACAGAGCACCCCAAACACCACAGAGCACCCCAAACACCACAAAGCUUCCCAAACAACACAGAGCACCGCAAACACACAGUGCAUCCCAAACACACACACACACACACUGCAUCCCAAACACCACACCGAACCCCUCACACAUAUCACCCCUCACACACAUAUUGCACCCAAACACCACACAGCACCCCUCAGACACACACUGCACACCAAGCCCCACAUAGCACCCCAAACUCACAGUGCACCCCAAACAUCACACAGCAUCCCAAACAUUCAGUGCAGCCUUCACACACACUGCACCUCAUACACCACACACACUACACCCCAAACACCACACACUGUACCCCAAACACCACACAGAACCCCAAACACACAGUGCACCCUUCACACACACUGCACCCCAAAUACCACACAGCACCCCUUCACACAGAAUGCACCCCUUCACACCACACACACUGCACCCCAAACACCACACAUCACCCCUUCACACACAAUGCACCCCUCACACACACACACAAUGCACCCUUCACACACAUACACUGCACCCCUCUCACACAACCUGCACGCUUCACACACCCUUCACCCUUCACACAUCGUGCACCCUUCACACACACACAGUGCAUCCCUUACACACAGUGCACCCCUACACAUAUUACAUUCUAGACACACACAGCAUACCUUAUACACACACACUAAAUCCCUUAUACAGACACCAUAGAUCCCGUAGAUAACUAUGAAUCCUCUACACACAUACACACUAGAAUCCCUAUACACACUCUGAAUCCUCUAUAUACACACACACACACUAACUCUCCUACGCACACUCUGGGUUCUCUGCACACGCAGAUCCCCUACACACACAAUAGAUCCCCUAUGGCACACAAUGUACCACCUACACACACUACAUAAUGACAUACACACACUAGAUCCCCUGUAAGAUUAGGUCCUGGGCUCUUUGAAAGCUAAUAUAUAUGUAUUUGAUUAAUUUUAAAUAUAACUUUCAUAUAAUGUUGUGUAUUGCUUUUGAUGCAUAUGAUUAUCAAUGAAUGUUUGCAUUUGAGCAUAUAAAUUCAUUGUGAAUGGACUUUUCUGCUUAUUGUGCCAGUAUUUACACAAACAGACCCACAUUUCUCUCCACCUCACCCUAUUUACACCCACAGACCCACAUAUCUAUGUCCUAUGUCACCACAACCCACCUUUUGUGUCUGUAUCCUCCUGGCUGCAUUCAAUCAGCUCUCUGUCUCCCAGGUACUGCUCCACUUGUAGCUGUGUUAAGGCCGCUCUGCACAACACAGCGCUGGGAGAGUGAGGAGCCCUGAGAGGGGGAACACGCAUGCUGCCAGGUUUUACACUGAGUGCAGAGGGAAGAGUUGGGAGAAGAUAUUGCGAUAGUUGCAGACCCCCCACAGGCAGGGCCUGCAACUAUUGCCGGAAUAAAGCAGAAGAACUAAUGCUGGGCCAGAUGGGAGAUCCAAGGCCCUGUCUAUGCAUCUGGGGCCCUGACUGCCACGGGCCCUCGGUCAGUGACCAAUGUGUCCGAGUGGGCAGUCCGCCCCUGCACACACUACUUUCUCUACACACAAAUGUGGCAAACCUAGCCACUUGGACAUUAUUUAAUUACCUGCAUUGGCUAUCUGCCGAAAGCAGAUAGCUGAUUUCCUUUCGUUUCACGAACGGCACCUUCGCGGGCCGUUCGUGAACCGAAUGAACUAUCAUUUAAUAGCCCACACACUAAGAGACGUGUGGCGCUUGUUAAAUGAUUGCAACAAUGUUGCAAUCGGUAAUUAGAGGCUCUCCAAGGUGGCUGUCGUUCGACUACCGACCAUGUGGCGGUCGGCCAUCUUGGAUCCUUUGUUCCCUCAGCGGUGUUUGGUCGUUGAGCGCAUGGUACUAAAAACGGCUACUCGACGGCACGAACACAGCUGAGCUUCCAGGCCGUUCGGGAGUUCCGGGACGUUCGGUAUCUUGUUCCCUGGCAUGCAAUCGGUCUUUUGAACAUAUGUUUUAAUGAAUGUGUUUUUCGUGCGGUGUUCAGUUGUUUUAGCUGGGAUCUGAGUGGUAAUCUCACGAAUGAUGCGCUCAGACCCCAGCUAUCUACCGAACGUCCAUUCGUUUAAAUAGACCGUAUAUUCAAAGAGUUAUGCAUUUUUAUAUAAAUUGUCGGUUCUGCUGCAUGGAGGGAUAAUCCACUUUACGGUACAUUCCUGUGGGAGGAUCCCUCUCAUGCACCAGUGCCUGAUGGGAGAAAUGUCUUGUACAGUAAGUCCCCCAUGUAGUCCCCUCUGGUAAUGCCCCUGGGAGGGGACUCAGGAAACCCCUUGCAUGGGGACUUGUAUAAAUUGUGGAGCUGGAAAUAAAGACCUCAGUUGACUCCCAGCCUAUGUGUCGUUUAGUUCUUGGGAAGGAAAGAUUACUACCACGCUACUUGGAUUACUGCAUGCUGAUUCCCCUGGAUUAUCCUUUGUUGUUCCUGUUACCCAGCGGAGAUAUUGUGGAUUAUACUGCCUCUCCGCUACAACAUACACUACAGCCCCUAUGCACACACUCGCUACAUCACCUAUACUCACACUCUCUCACUCUCUACAGCCCAAUGCUACACCACAAACAUAUUACACCACAAACACAACACAACUGAAACCAACAUUUACAUGAAACACCACACCACAAUCAGCUCACUCAACACACACGCAAUCCCACAAGCAGGCUCCAAACACAUACACAAUACGCUUUCCUGGCCCUUUUGUCCUCUGGUAUCCCACUUAUGGAGACACCAGAGACAAGUUAAAAGCAAACACAGCGCAAGCAUGUUAUUAAAUUUGCUUCCGCUGCACAGAACAAUUACGGGGCCUUUUUCCCAUGCUGGAGCUCUUCAGCGGGGCUCUGCGCAUUGAACUAAUAUGCUCACUUUGAGAGGGGGCGUGCUCAGGGCUGGAUUAACAUAGGGGCUGAUGGAGCUGCAGCUCCAGGCCCAGGCCCAUGGAAUAGGCCCAUUGAUUUAAAAAAAAAGUUUUGUUUUUUACAUUUUUUUUUCCUCACACACUACUCUUAGGGAUUCCACCUGGCUUUUAUUUUAUUGGCACAGCCAGUAUUUGAGGCUGCCUGGCUGGUGCCAAUAUUGCAGUGAUACUGGCAAUAUAAAUGCUGGUAUUUUUCUCAGUAUAAAUGGAGAUUACUCUGCAAUACCAGCACUGGCCAGUAGGGGUCGCUGUGUGUGUAGAGACAGGCAGGGAUAGGAAGUUCCAGCAUAUCCCUCCCUGCCUAUCUAUACUCAACUGAUCUGCAGGGGUGCAGCUACAGAGAGUCCAGACAGCAACUCCCACCCUGCAGAGACAGCCUACAGCUCAGGGCAGUAAGGGAUGGGGGAAAGGCUGCAAGGAUACAUAUACUGAGACACUAAGGGACAUUGGGAGACAUUAUGGCAGACACUGAGACACUAAGGGACAUUGGGAGACAUUAUGGCACAGACACAUGGGGACACAGUGUCCCCAUGUCUCCCAGCCAGUGUCCCUGGUGUCUCAGUGCCCCUUAGUCUCCCAGUGCCCCCAGUCUGCCAGUGUCUCACUGUUCCCAUGUCUCCUAGUGCCUCCAUGUCUCCCAGUGCCUCAAGUGUCUCAAUGUCCCCAUGUCUCCAAGCUAGUGUCCCUAGUGUCUGUGGCCCUGGUGUCUCCUUGUCCCCAUGUCUCCCAGUGCCCCCAUGUCUCAAUGUCCCCAUGUACCCCAGCCAGUGUCUCUAGUGUCUGUGUCCCUGGUGUCUGUGUCCCCAUGUCUUCAAGUGUCCCCUAUUUUCCCAUUGUCCCCAUGUGUCCCAGCCAGAGUCCCCUAGUCUCCCAGUGUCACUGGUGUCUCCGUGUCCCUAGGUCUCCACGUGUCCAAAGGUCUCCCCGUCUUCCUAGUGUCCUAGUGACAUGGAGACCCUGGGAUACAUAGGGACACAGGGAGACAUGGGGCAUUGAGACACUGAUACAUGGGAUCACUGGGAGACCUGGGGACACGACACUAGGGGACACUGGGAGACAUGGGGCACUGAGACACUGAUACAUAGGAACACUGAGACCUGGAGUAAUCGACACAUGGGGGCACUGGGAGACAUGGGGCCACUGGGAGGAAUCCAUCUAUACAGCAGAUUUAAACUAAGUAGUUUUUUGGUGAUUUUACAGCAUUUUCUCUUAUGUCACUCCUUGUGAUUUACAUCAUGUGAUGUCACCCACACAUAUUUAAUUAUGCAAAUUAGUAAGGCCGGUAUGUUUUUCCAAGAAAGGUGGCAACCCUAACUACUUUUUACAUACUCUUACUUAAGUUUGGAAGCUUAACAGGGAUGUAUGGGAACAAAACUUGUGUGGACUGGCUGACAAUGAAUAUAGUUAAAGGGACACUAGAGUCACCAGAACAACUACAGCUUAUUCAAUUUGUUCUGGUGAGUAGAAUCAUUACCAUCAGGCUUUUUGCUGUAAGCACGGUCUUUUCAGAGAAAAUGCUGUGUUUACAUUACAUCCUAGUGAUAACUUCACUGGCCACUCCUUAGAUGACUGUUAGAGAUCCUUCCUGGGUCAUGGCUGCCUAAAAUGCAUCCAAACAUUCAGUGUCUCCUCCCUCUGCAUGCAGACACUGAACUUUCCUCAUAGAGAUUCAUUAAUUAAAUUCAUCUAUAUAAGGAGAUGCUGAUUGGCCAGGGCUGUGUUUGAAUCAUGCUGGCUCUGACCCUGAUCUGCCUCUUUGUCAGUCUCAGCCAAUCCUAUGGGGAAGCACUGUGAUUGGAUCAGGCCACCACUUCUAAUGAUGUCAGCAGACUGCUUGUUUUUAUGAGUCUAACAACAUGCAGAGUUACAGCUUCAGGCUUGAAUAUAGUAGAUUUUGCUAUAUUUAUGGAGGCAUGAGGGGCCCAGGGGGGCUAGAUGGUGGUGUUAACACUAUAGGGUCAUGAAUUCAUGUUUGUGUUCCUGACCCUAUAGUGAUCCUUUAAGGUAAUGCUGACUUUGGUCUCUCUAACACUGUGGCAUGUUCCCUUUCUUCUACACUCACUACAUACAGCUUUUCUCUGUCCCAGACCAUAUACCAGGAGCUUCUGCCUGCUAGUAAGAAGGUAAGGAGACAAGUGGACCAGCGAGUGCUAGGGGACAGUCCUUAGAAAGCGUUGAGUGAGCGCAUCAUUAGAUGCAUUUAUGCCAAGCUCAGGGUGCUGUCUGCAUAGUAUGCCCUUAGUUGGCCAGCUGCAUGAUUGGCAGGCAGCCUGACAUGCAUUCAUACCAGGCUGGCCUUCUAAUUUUUUGGGCAGACAUGUCCUCUUUUUGGGCAUGUUCGCCCCUUUUGGCAGGUUACGUGAUUUGUGUCAGUGGCACACCCUUUUACCAUGCCCAUUGACUUCCUGCUUGACUGGACACUGCUGUUAGGGGUUAUGGAUUUACUUGAAAGAUGAAAACAUAAAUUAGAGAGAGAUUAGCCUAGGGUAUGUGUUUUCUCAUAGCUGCUGUUUUCUUUCUCUCCAGCACCAUCUCCAUCAGAUACAUGAUGCUUGGGAGUGUUUUACUGUUUUUGGUCGAUAUGAUUCUGUAAUUAGGCCCAUCAUAAUUGUCAGCACCAGGCCCACUGGGCUCUUAAUCUGGCCCUGGGCGUGCUUGUCAUUAGUGAUGACAAAACACCCCCCUUUCUGGCCCCACCCCCUUCUCAGUGGGCUGCUGUGAUUUUUUUCCCCAAUCCAACCCUGGUACCUACUGUGUCACAUUGAGAGCCCACCGAAAAACAGGCUGCACCCUCUAUGGCGUACUAAGGGGGGACGCCAGGGCUGCAUUACACUCAUGCCAUCUGUGCACACAGUUAUUCACUAAACUAUCGCUUUUAGAAAGACACAUUCCAUUUUUAUAAGCGGUUCACGAUUGUGUUUAUUAAAUGUGAGUUGUACCCUCAAUGUUACAAAUUGUAGGCUCCCUCAAUGUACUUUUAUGAAAUAGAUACAUCAGCAGAUCAGCUGCAACUGAUAAAAAUAUUCAGAAAUAUGAACAGCGAGGAAAUAGCUGCAAUAAUGAAAGUUACGUCUAAUUUUUUCCAUUUGUGUCUUGACUAGCAAAAAAAUCUGUAUAGCAAAAAUAAUAAUGUCACUGUAACAGUUUGACUAUUAAAUAACUACUACUAUUUAUUUAUAUGUAUUUAUAUUUGUAUAUCUGUUAGUCUAGAUCACUUUUUUUGUACUUUAUUUUAUUGCAAUUUAUAUGUAUCUAUAAAUUGUUUAGCAAUGAAAACGAUGUAUAUGGAAUAGUUUAUAUAAUUGCUUAAAAUAUAUGCACAAGGCACUUCAGAGAUAAUCAUUCCAUGUUUUUCUUUUAGAUAGAUGACUCUUUAAGAAAAAUAGAUUUUAGGAAUCAAUAGAAAGAGUCACACUGUUGGUGGGUAGUCUUUUUUAAAUUUUUGUUUGUAGUGACUGUAGGUUGUCCUCUUCCCAGGUUGGUCGUUAAUGAGCACUGGCCUGGCAGUGUUGUAGUCCCAGCUGCUAUUGGGAUUGGGGGUGCCCUGGCUUGCUGGAUAUUGAGAGGACGGAAGAAAAAGUCUAUUGAUUUGGGUGAUGGGUGGUGGGGACAAGGCCUGAGACCUCAUCUACAACUUGAGGACACCAGUGUGCGACCUUUUCACAUCGAGAUUUCAGAUGCUGAUAUUAAGGUACAUACACAAUAUCUAAAUCUAUAUUAGGGUUAGGCAACCGUAAGGACUUCAGAUGAUGUGGACUACAUCUCUCAUAAUGCUUUUACAGCCGUGAUGCUGGCAACACAUCAGGGGAGAUGUAGUCCACAAUAUCUGGGUUGCUGGAGGAUGCCUAUUCCUGAGCUAUAUAAAAAGCUGAUUAUGAGAAGAUUUAUCUGUAACCGAAUUCUAAUGUGAGACUUUGUGUUUUAAUAUAUAAUAAAUGUGUUGCUCCAUAUGGUAAAUGCUCUAUACUGAUGGUCCUAUUCAUUUCUUAUUCACCGACACAUCUUAAUUCUGUCUGUUUACAUUGUUUAUAAUUGGAUUUUGAAACUGUCUGCAUACACUCACAUUUUCUGCCAGCCACUCCAAAUUAAUCAAGGUUCCUCUGCUUAGUUUUAGUUUGUGGAUAUGGGGCACGUGGUAAAUAUUCUUGCAUGUCGAUUCUACUCUGCAAUGAUUUGAACAAGUGCAUGACAACAUUUAGUUAGGCAUAUAGGUACGGCGUGGACAAUGUCAUUGGGUGGACAGUGGGAAUGUAUAUAAGAAUCCUCACCAGUUUCAUCAAAUGCUCAAAAUGUAAUAGUUCCUGCUACUCAAAACUUUGGUUUAGUGUCUACCUGUCGCCUGCCUUGACCUCAGAUUUUAAGUGGGUUCAUUGGAAUGGUGAAAUUAUCGUAGAUGAAGGUUGGAAAGUUAGAUGUGAGGAAGCCAAGCAGAAAAAUGGUCAGUAGAUGGUAGAGGAGAGCCAGGGAGGGUUAGAUCACAUCAGUGCUUGCAGAGAGGGCAUGGAAAAGGCAGAUAAAACAAAUUAAAAAAAUGGACAAAUGAGCAAUGGAAGGCGAGCAAAAACCCCUUACCACCAGCCUUAUUGUCACAUUGUCUGGGAACAUGAUGCCUAUGAAGACACAUGUGUAUUGAGUGCUUCCAAGACCUGUCCAAAUAUGUUUUUGGGGUUUUUUAAAUGAACAAAUCAGAGUUUUAGGUUUCUUGUUUUUAAGACGUGAUAUUGAAUGCUACUGGCUACUGAGCUAACACAAUUAUCCAAGUGAGUUGAGAAUUUGAAGAAUGGGAAUGACGAUCCAGAAGGUCUCACAAGGUCAGAGAGUGACCUGAGAAGGAAAAAGGAUAAAGUUGAUGCGACACUGGAACAACGAGACAGUUUGAUGAUACUAAGAUAUGUAACAGGGUUGAUGUUCCAGGAGGGAUAAGCCAAAUGACAAAUGAUUUAGGUAAACUCGAAAAAUGGUCAGAAUCGUGGCAACUGACAUUUAAUGUGGAUAAGUGCAAGAUAAUGCAUCUUGGACGUAAAAACCCAAGGGCAGAGUACAGAAUAUUUGAUAGAGUCCCAACCUCAACAUAUGAGGAAAGGGAUUUAGGGGUGAUUAUUUCAGAUGACUUAAAGGUAGGCAGACAAUGUAAUAGAGCAGCAGGAAAUGCUAGCAGAAUGCUUGGUUGUAUAGGGAGAGGUAUUAGCAGUAGAAAGAGGGAAGUGCUCAUGCCAUUGUACAGAACACUGGUGAGACCUCACGGAGUAUUGUACACAGUACUGGAGACCGUAUCUUCAGAAGGAUAUUGAUACCUUAGAGAGGGUUCAGAGAAGGGCUACUAAACUGGUUCAUGGAUUGCGGGAUAAAACUUACCAGGAAAGGUUGAAGGAUCUUAACAUGUAUAGCUUGGAGGAAAGACGAGACAGGGGGGAUAUGAUAGAAACAUUUAAAUACAUAAAGGGAAUCAACACAGUAAAGGAGGAGACUAUAUUUAAAAGAAGAAAAACUACCACAACAAGAGGACAUAGUCUUAAAUUAGAGGGACAAAGGUUUAAAAAUAAUAUCAGGAAGUAUUACUUUACUGAGAGGGUAGUGGAUGCAUGGAAUAGCCUUCCAGCUGAAGUGGUAGAGGUUAACACAGUAAAGGAGUUUAAGCAUGCGUGGGAUAGGCAUAAGGCUAUCCUAACUAUAAGAUAAGGCUAGGGACUAAUGAAAGUAUUUAGAAAAUUGGGCAGACUAGAUGGGCCGAAUGGUUCUUAUCUGCCGUCACAUUCUAUGUUUCUAUGUUUCUAUGUUUCUAUGAGUUGCUUGAACCCUGAUAUGUGUGUCCCAUAGUUGAACAACACCUUGGGAGCAGAGAGAAUGAGGUAUACCUGAGGACAGGUGAGUGGGGAGUUUAUGCACUUGGUGACCAGUGUCAUUGCAAUGUUUGAAUCAAGGCAGGUACUGAAAUAUUUACAGAAAGUGGAAAUACCGUACAGUCACCAGUAACUGGGUGUUGGAGACAGAAGUGUCAUUUAAAGCAUUAAACAAAUGAAAUUCAUGUUCUUUGACUUGAAAAAGGUUUACUGGCAAAUAAAAUACAAAAUGCUGGUUAAAAGGAGAACAACCAAGUCCAUAUUGCAAAUUCUACAUCUGGAGAAGAAUCCAAAUGUAUUUUAAACAGAUUAAUGCAGGUGGAAUGAGACAGUUUUAACGGCAAAAGAAUGGAAAUCAGAAUACAGUGUAACCCACACAGAGCGAGUCAGGAAUCGACUCUUGGAUAAACAGGGAUUAAAUUAAGGUAAUAUGAAAAAAGGCCACUAAACCAACAGAAAAUGUCAUUAUCAGGGGGGAGAUUAGAGCGAUUCAAAGGUAGUGAAUGUCACUGAACUUGGAAAAUGUUAAAAAAAGAGAAAGUGUAGGUUACAAUAAACAUUCAGAGGCCCAAGGUAGCAAGGAUCGGAGGAUAAGAUCAAGAGAUACAUUACCAGAGCCUGGCUCUGCUGGGUCAAAUGGCAUAUUUGGGGGGUUUUAUAUCUGGAGUGGGGAGCAAAGACAGAUGGGGUUAAUCUAGUAUAUUAAUAUCUCAUUCUUUUUAUAUUAGGACCUUUAUGACCGUCUGGAUCGAACUCGCUUCUUUUCACCUCUGGAAGAUUCCAAAUUUCACUAUGGUUUUAACUCUACUCACCUCAGGAAGGUUGUCUCCUAUUGGAGGAACCAGUUUGACUGGCAGAAGCAGGUGAAGAUCCUUAACAGAUAUCCCCACUAUAAAACCACCAUUGAAGGUAUGACUCUAUAGUUUACUCUAUUAAGAACAGUGGGCUCUAGGAACAUAUUAAGUCAAGUAUUCUAGCUGAAGAUACAAUUACUGUAAUAACCCUUACAAACCUUUGACAUGUUUAAUGAUGAUGGAUGACUGGAAACAGGGAUUUAAACCUUCACGUACACCUUCAUCCAAGACUCGUGUUAUAUUCCUUUAUUAUCUUACUUAUGUGAGAUUCACUUUUUUCUCUGCAUUCAAAAUUGAUAUUCAACAGUAUCACAUAUUACUUGAAUGUGAGGCCACAAGCACAUCUAUAAUAUUUGUUCCAAGACAUUUAUCACCCUCAUUGUGAUUCUAUGUUAUUUCUCUUUCUGUUUUAUAAAUAAAUUAUCAUUAAUAAAAUCAGGUUUCAGAAUUUUAAGAAUAUUAUGUCUCUGACAAUAAUAAUACAAUUUUCUUUUGUGCAGAACCUGAGCGUUUUGAUGUGAGAAUAAUUAAUAUUUAUAUUGUGCAGGUUUGGAGGUGCACUUUAUCCAUGUGAAACCACCACAUCUUGGUCCAGGACAGAAAGCCCGUCCUCUCCUCAUGGUUCAUGGUUGGCCUGGAUCUUUCUAUGAGUUUUAUCACAUUCUCCCAUUGCUGACCGAGCCAGCCAAGCACUGCCUGAACCCAGACCUGGUGUUUGAGGUGAUUUGUCCAUCUAUCCCAGGUUAUGGCUUCUCAGAGGCGUCACACAAGAAAGGUGAGAUCUGUGAUUCUGUGACUAUAGGGACGUCUAAUCAUCAUGUAGGUAAUGUGUACAGAGUUGAAUGAAAUGUAGAAGACAGAUACAAUUAAACAUUGUGUAAAACUAUGCUACUCCCGCUGGGUAUAAUGUGGUAGGUACCCUAUGGGAGGUAGACUCCUUGAAGAAGACGAAUGAACACAUCAGAGACAGGAAAACACAUGUUUAGUAAGGUUUGCGUGGUUGUGGUAGAUGAAUGGAAUAUGCAGAAGAGUGGUCAGUUAUUUGGAGGUAGAAUUCUUAUUUUAAUUAGAGCAGGGAUCUCAUUGAUCUUUGUAGGCAACCAAACUUAAAACUGCACCAUAGCAUCGGAGCAUGAAACAUAGUAGUAUGUGUUGGACACAGAAGGAGGGGUCUUGUAGAAUUACACAACACGGAGUAUAGUCACCCAUUUCUUCCUCCACUUUUGGACUCCACCUUUAAAAGAAAAAUGAUCACUAAAAAUGUAUUUAAAUUCACAAAUUUCAGCAUCAAAUUCAAUAAAAACAUAAGAAUUAGAUACUUACAGGGUUAUUUACUAAAGUGAGAAAGCUAUGAUUUUUACUAAAGUGAGAAAGCUAAGCUUUCAUUUCAGCUUCUCUGGCCAUAAAUGUAAAAUUUUCUUAGAAUUCACUUUGAAUUCUCACUUUAGUAAAUAACCCUGAAAAUGUUAUAACAAAAAAAAGAUUAAUGUUAGUCGAUAAUGAACAUCAUUUAUGUAAUAUUUAAGAAUACAUUUUACAGAAAAAUAAUAUAAAGGUUGUUUUAAAGGAUAUUUUAUUAUAACUAUUUUUGGAUCGCAGGCUUUUCUGCUUUCGACGCUGCCAGAAUCUUCUACAAGUUAAUGAUCAGACUCGGAUUCCGGGAAUUUUACCUGCAGGGGGGCGAUUGGGGCAGCAGAAUAACUACCCUCUUAUCACAAAUGAAACCAGAGUAAGUACAUUCAAUUCUACUUUGAGGGACAAGUUGAAAAGUCAAUGUCACUAUUGGACAUGGAGAUAUUAAAUGUCACCAGCUUUUACCAUUUGGGUUAGCUCAUCUCCUCAUCCCUUCUGUCAUCAUGUUCAUCCAUCCUCUUCUACCGGCUUAUACUUCAUUUUUCUCAAUGCUCCAUGAUCAUCUCGUGUUUCUGUAUUAUCUCUAUUUUAAUUACUAUUAGACAGCAAUUCUGAGGGGUAGCCUAGGAAUAUAAUGCACAUCACUGGUAACUGGUAAAUCACCUCCGCAAGGACAGAGAUCCCCUGCUGUAACCUCCUGUUGUGCUUUGUGGGGACCCCCAGGCUGGUGGCGGUGAAAUUGUUUUCUAAAUAGUCUGUCUCUCCUAAUCCUGGACUGUGGUGAGGUAUACCAUUAGGUCCUAACUCAUUCCCAAACAUUGCCACUUAUACCUUCUUCAAGUUCUACCUCAUUCCCAAACAGUGCCACCCAUACCUUCUUCAAGUUCUACCUCAUUCCUACAAUACAACAGUAUACCUACUUAUAUACACAUAUAUACUUUUUAUUAGACAACAACAAAGGUUAAGUUUUCUUCUUUCGUUUCAUUCUUUUUUCGUUCCUAUGGUCAGGGCAUUCAGCCAUUUUUAAUUCCUUCAUGUUCUACUUCAUUCAAAAACCAGGCCUUGCUACUGCUAUCAGGUUCUAUUUUAUUUCUAAACAAUGCCUUCCCAGCACCAUUCUUACUUAUUCCAAUAUCAUGUCACAUCAAUUUUAGUAUUAUUCGCAAAUCAUAUACUUUCACCAUGCUCUAGAUCAGGUAUAGGCAACCUUCAGCACCCCUGAUGUUUUGGACUAGACCUCCAAUGAUGCUUUGCAGCUGCGACCCUGAUAUGUACUCCACUGAUGUAAGAGCACCACAACAUCUGGAGUGCCACAACAUCUGGAGUGCCAAAGGUUGCCUAUUCCUGCUUUAGAUGUAUGUCCCCCAGGAAAAAUUCAGCCAACUUCCCAUUAUUAUUAUCUAUCUCCCCAUGACUGCCAAAAUGAUCUUCUGACAUGUUCUCUCAUUAUUCUGAUAAAGUAAUCUGAUUGACCGUCGUGUUCCUUUUAACAUUUCGAAUUGUUUCACGUGCAGGCAAUUGACUUAUCUUUAAUCAUGCUCAUUCUUGUAGAUCGGUCAUGGGUCUCCAUCUGAAUUUUGCCAUGCUUCCUAAGGCAGGAUUUGGAAUGCUUUUAUCUUUGGCUUUAGGUCGAUAUUUUCCAUGGUUAGUAGGCUUGACAAAAGAAGACGUACGACGCAUAUAUCCUUACUUUGAGAAGAAUGUGUACGCACUUCUGUUGGAGUCAGGAUACAUGCACAUCCAGGCAACCAAACCUGACACCGUAGGUAAAUAAAUAUGGUCUCUAGUUCUUUAUACAGAUCACUAUGGAUUGGGGAGAGUCCAAAUGGAAUGAUUGUAAUGUUAUAUAUGAGCAAUGAAAAUAAACCUACACGAUAAACCACUUGUCUUCCGAUUAGUCUUUUUUGGAUAUGUGGUUGGACAACAUUUUUUUUCAUGUGAAUUUGAAACCAAAUGUUUCCCGAUUCAGGCAUUGUGUUUGUCUGACUGACAUAGAAUCAAUGACUCCUUGAGCUAUCGUUUCUUUUACAGGGUCUGCUCUGAAUGAUUCUCCAGUUGGACUGGCUGCAUACAUCUUGGAGAAAUUUUCUACUUGGACAGACAAUGAGUUCCGGGAUUUAGAAGAUGGCGGUCUAGAAAGGUUUAUUUAAACAUAACAAUGAUAAAUCCUCAUGUCCUGUGCAAAUACCUUCUAACUGAACCAGCUAAAUCUGACAUACGCCAAACUAUUCAUGACUUACUCUGAAGACAUUUUAUAUAUAGCAUCUCCAUACGCGGUUGGAACAUGACAGGCGCACAGUCGGAUUUGCCAGCAUAUGCGCUCAUCUUACCCAACCCCAAUAAAGACACGGACACAGGUUAUACUGUUGGAAAUAUUAGUCCACAGCUUUAUUAAAUUAUAAAUAAAAUAAUUAAAGAAUAACAAAUGGGGUCAUUGCCAACAGACCUUAUUAAAGUUAACAUCCCCCAUGUACAUAACAUUCCCCUAGCAAUGACCCCCCAAUAAUAACAAUAGAUAACAAUCCAAAUAACAUGUUAAUACAGAAACUGGCCGCCCAAUAUGGCAACAUUUUCACCAGGUUAAAUGUGUACCAAAACACUGCUACCCACCAUAUCAAUUGUAGGGGUGUACCAAGACACCGCUACCCACCAUAUCAAUUGUAGGGGUGUACCAAGACACCACCACACCCCAUAUCAAUUGUAGGGGUGUACCAAGACACCGCUCCCCACCAGUUCCCAUGUAGGGUGUACCAAGACACCACCACACCCCCAGGUUCGGAGCCACCAACUAGCUUGAACCUACCAACCACGUGCAACACUGUCCAAUCCACACUAAAACCACAGGAUGCCCACUUUCUCCUCCAUCUGCCCUCCGAUUUAACCAGGCCAUUCCCCGCCGCUGUGAAAAAAUGGAAAAUCGCCUAACCUAACCAAAAUCAGGGAAGGUGGGAGGGACAACCUCCUGGCUCUGUCAAGGCCCAUUCCUCUUAGCUGCGCUGAUCCAUGGGAUACACUACAGCGCUUGGAAUACAAAUGUAUUUGAAGCAAGCUAGCAUAUCAAUGUCAACACAACAGGUUUUAUGCAGAUUACUUUUUAGUUUAAAAAUCUAAGCUAUAUGAAUUUACACAAUUUAUAUUUUUCAUUUAUUCGUUCAUCCUUUAUAGAUUUUUGGAGGGAAUGACAGUAAUUAGUGCAUUAUAAAGCAAAAAUACAAUGUUUCUCACAUAUAGUAGAUGUGAAAUAAAUAAAUAAAUAGAAAUUAUAAAAUAUAUUGCUUACAUGUAUUGGUAAGGACCCAGCAGGCAUUACUAAACAUGGCAAUCAAAUGUAAAAAGACUGUCUGCGUUUGAACACAAUGCCCACAUACUGUAAAUACAGUUAAAUUAUAUAUUUGGAAUAUAUGAAUGAAUAUUCCAAACACCAUAACACUACAGUGCUCCUUCCUGCCUCCAACACCAAUGUCGGUGAGAGAUUUAGGUUCCUAAACAGGAAUUUCUGUGUUUGGAUUGUUCCUUUGAAGAGUGCUAUUGCAGUCUUUGUCAAUUUAAGGAAUUCAAAUGUAAUCCUAACCAUGACAGAGUUCACUCACUCCUUUCACAUCCCUAAUUGUAGGAAUGGUAUUAAUCAUUGAAACUUCCUUUACUGUUUGGAAGAAUGUCACCUCUUUGUGAAAAGAAUAUUUUAAUACAGACUAAAAAUGAGAUUAAAUGGUUUUUAGGCGACAAGUAGAGUUGAGUGGACACCUGGGUGUUCGGGUCCGGUGGGUUCGGCCGAACUUUGAAAAAAAGUCUGGGUUCGGGCUCGAACUUGACCCCAAACCUGAACCCCAUUGAAGUCAAUGGGGAUCUGAACUUUUGGCCACAAAAAUGGCUCUAAAAAACUCCUGGAAAGGGCUAGAGGGCUGCAAAAAGAAGUAAAAUGGGGGUAAGAGUAGGACAAAUGCCCUGCAAGCAAAUGUGGAAUGGUGAAAUCAUUUAAAAAUAACAUAAAAUAAGCAGCUGCUUAGUAGAUAACUCCCUAAUUCACACGUUAUUAGCGAGCUAUCUACCAAAACGCUGAAAGACCUAAAUUGGUCUUUCAACCACAUUUAGUAAUACUAAGUAAAGAUUACUUAGUAUUAGUAAAUUCAGCCCCUACUCGCUAAAACCUAUUGCCCCCACCCCUGUGCGACGAAUGGGGGCCCUAAAUAAGAAUGUGGAGGGGGACACCUACUGUCCUCCCCCCUGGCCCCCACCCCUGCGUGGUGGGAGGGGGCAAUAAAUAACAAUAAGGGGGGGAUCUAGUGUCCUGCCCCCGGCCCUCACCCCCGCGCACCGGGUGGGGGCUCUAAAUAACAAUAAGGGGGGGAACCUAAUGUCUUCCCCCCCGGCCCCCACACCUGCGCGGUGGGUGGGGGCCCUAAAUAACAAUUGAGGGGUGGGACCUAAUGUCCUUCCCCCCCGGCCCCUACCCAUGCGCGGUGGGUGGGGUCCCUAAAUAAAAAUUGGGGGACCUAAUGUCCUCCCCCCCGACCCCCACCCCUGCACGGUGGGUGGUGGCCCUAAAUAACAAUACCGUCCUGCGCAGUGGGUGGGGGUCCUAAAUUAGUAUUAGUAAAUACUCCAAAGAACUUUCCCACGCUGUGUAUAAUGGCACAGAGCACUCUGAUUGGUUAGCUUGAAAUCCAGCCAAUCAGAGUGCUCUGUGUCAUUUUACACAGCGUGGGAAAAUUCCAAAGAACUUUCCCACGCUGUGUAAAAUGACACAGAGCACUCUGAUUGGUGGAUUUCAAGCCAGCCAAUCAGAGUGCUGUGACAGGUAAAUGUAGAGACUUACCUGUCAGUCUCUUCAUUUACCUGUCAGAGCACUCUGAUUGGAUGGCUUAAACCCACCAAUCAGAGUGCUCUGAGCCCUAUUGCAGGACGGGGCAAGGCUUUAUAGGCCUUCACCAGCCCUGCAGAGCUCAGUCUGUGUGGAGCCCUCCAUGGGUGAAGAAGGAUUAUUAUUUUAUUGCGUUCGUUUUUUUUUUGUUUUUUUUAAAGUGCGUCGGUUAUUCUGGAUUUUUAUUUGGCGUUUUUUGGGGCUGGAAAAAUAAGAUUUUAGAAGAAAGAAGACAUCAAAUGGUAAGUCUAUUUUUUGUUUUACAGGUAUUUAGACAAGGGUCCCCCCUCAUUAUUUUAGGAUGAAGGUGGUAGGUAGGGGUAAUUUUUUUGGGGGAAGGGGAGUGACUAGGGGUUUGGGGACCCCUUGUCACCUGGGGGGGAGAAUUUUUAUUUAUGGGCCCCUCCCACCGCUUAGGGGUGGGGGCCAGGGGGGAGGACAUUAGGUCCCCCCCUUAUUGGAAUUUAGGGUUUAAUAGACACACCCCUACUCCCAGUAUAGUGAGUACGUCCAUAACUUACUAAUACUAAGUGACCAGCUUCUAUAGAGGCUGGGUCACAUGCUGCAUUGGCCAAUCACAGCCAUGUCAUUAGUAGGCAUGGCUGUGAUGGCUUCUAAGGGCACACAAGUCAAACGCUUGUUGAUUGGCUGCCCUGCGGCCUUUCAACACGCGUCAUUAAAUCGCCAAACUCCGAACUCCAACCCGAACAUACAAUAUGUCCGUGUUCGGGACCGGGGUCCAAAAAACUUAAUGUUCGGUACGGACCCGAACUGUACAAUUUGGGUUCAUUAAACUCUAGCGACAAGUUAAAAAAUAGAUUAAUGUGGGAACAUGUCACUACUAGACAGAGAGAGUAAAAUAAUAGAUAAUCUUAGUCUCCUGGACUAACAAACAAUAAGCUUUUAAACCUUAUAUAUCUGAUAUUUAUUGUGAAUUACUCUCAACAGGAAAUACUGCCUGGAUGACCUCCUCACCAAUGUGAUGAUCUACUGGACUACAGGGUCCAUAACGUCUUCCAUGAGAUUCUACAAAGAGAACUUUCCUCGAAACUACGACCAAACUCCAGAUGUCAAGUAAAUAUAUUAGAUAUAAGUUUAUUAGUUAAACUGGGGCAUCUAUUAAAUAUUACAUUAAAGGAUCACUAUAGUGUCAGGAAAACAAAGCGGUUUUCCUGACACUAUGGUACCCUGAGGGUGCCCCCACCCUCUGGGUCCCCCUCCCGUGGCGCUGAAAGGGUUAAAACCCCUUCAGCAGUUUACCUUAAUUCAGCGCCGGGCUCCCUCGGCGCUGGUGACCUCUCCUUCCCCGCCGACGUCAGCUCCCCGUCCAACGUCAGUGGAGCCGAAUGCGCAUGCGUGGCAAGUGCCGCGCGCGCAUUCAAAGUGUUCAUAGCAGAAAUGUCUCAUUUCUCAAUGCUUUCCUAUGGACGCUCUGCAUGAUGGAGGCGAAAUGUGCCUACAGCGUUGCAGAUGCUCCUCUAGUGGCUGUCCAGAAGACAGCCACUAGAGGCUGGAUUAACCCCAAAUGUAAACAUAGCAGUUUCUCUGAAUCUGCUCUGUUUGCAUCUGAAGGGUUAAAACCUGAGAGACCUGGCACCCAGACCACUUCAUUGAGCUGAACUGGUCUGGGUGACUAUAGUGGUCCUUUAACAUACUGUAUAUACCACCGGAGGAAGGAGUCAACACUACAUAUAGCGGGACAUCCAACACAUUUACUGCAAAACCGUCACAGUACACAGUGUUAUAUAGAAAUUAUAUCUCACAAGUGACCCUAUUUAGGAGGGACAGUCCCUAUUUUGAUCCAUAUUGUUGGUGUGUCUGAUUGUAUAACAGAGCUCCAGAGCAAUAAUACUCCCAGUAAUGUGUCUUUACACUACAGUAUGUGUUUAGAAAUCAGUCGGAGUAAAAAGAUACAUUGCUCUUGUUAUAAAUUGAAGAUUAUGCUAGCUUCAGUGUACAGAUAAUCUUAAUUUUAAUAAGGACAGGAGGCGAGUAUUUUGCAUAAUCUUUCUUUACUAACUCCAUAGCAGCAAAGAAAAGAGUGACAUAACUGAGAACCAAUCACAAUGCAGUAUAGAGUAUAAGAGGUGUAACGUAUGACAUCAUUUCCUCUUUAAAGCAUGCGACAUCACAAGAUCACAAUGCAGAAACAAUAAAGAUAACGUAUAACAUGAAAAUAGAACAUAAACGUAUGAAGAAUUCUAGACAGGGACGAGUUCUUGGUGUCAAGUGACGAACUUCCAUGACAAGAUGAUGAUGAUAUCUUGAAGGAAGUCUGCAGUGUCCUGAUUCAUCUGGUUAAACUGAAACGAGAAUGUAAAAGGGUAUUAGAUUCCGGAGAUGGUUGUGUAAAACAACAAGAUGUCUAUCCCUUAUGAUUAAGUAACCAUCAUAUUGCAAUAGAGCGAAUACAUUCCACCCAUCUAUUGAUGCUACCUAAGCCAUCCCACCCAUAUGAAAUAUCUGUAUUAAUCGUAAGAAGACAACUUAGGCAUUUAGCACAAAAACAUGUGAAUAAAGAGAUAGAAAUAUACAUGAAGACAGAGGUGGGGAAGAGCGAAAGAGAGCAGGGUGGGAAAAUACUCGCCUCCUUGUCAUUAUUAAAAUUAAGAUUAUCUGUACACUGAAGCUAGCAUAAUCUUCAAUUUUAUCACAUGACAGGAGGCUUCGUAUUUUGCAAUUUCAACGCUGAGUAAGUAGAGCAAAAGCUGGGUUAGAUGGAGGACGGAAAUAGAACGUCCUAAAGGUGGAUUCUCUGGUCCAGUCCGCCGCUCGUAAAAUAUCUGGAAGGGAGGCCCCCGCUGCGUAGGCAGAAGAGGCCGCGGCCCCUCGGACUGAGUGUGCACCAAAAGCCUGGUCUAUCCCGGCGAGGGCUAAUAGCCAUCUAACCCAUCUGGCCAACGUAGUAACCGAGACUGGAGCGUAGGGGCGGACGUAAGAGAUGAGAAGUUGGCGAUUGGAAGUAGGCCGCAACGUCGCGGUGGCUUCCACAUAUCGACGAAGAGUAGAGACCACACAGAGUUGUGGGUCUGAGGGAAAAAAGGGGUAAAAAACAGAGGAAGAGUCAGAUUUCGUGCGUCUAGAGAUCUGGAAGGUUACUCCCGCUGGGCAGAAGGUAAAUGCGUCGGCAUCGAAAGCGCGUACAUCGGACACCCGACGAAAGGAGACUAGGCAGAGUAGGAAGGUGAACUUUGCCGUAAGCUGGCGGAGUGACAAGUUCUCAUUAGGGGGCCAGUCCCGUAAAAACUGUAAGACUAUGCCAACGUCCCAGAGUCUCGAGUAUUUGGGUUCCGGGGGGCGCCGAAGGCGCAUGCCACGGAGGAGUCUACAGAUGAGUGGGUUCUGGCCCACUGGUGUCCCUUGAAUCGGCGUAUGAGCCGCUGAGAUGGCUGAACGUAUCACGUUGAUGGACCGGUAUGACUUCCCGGUUGUGAACAGAGAGGUGAGGAAAUUCAUGAUGGAGGGAAUAGGUGCCGUAAAGGGAUUGAGAUCCCGUCCCAGACACCAAGUGGUCCAGCAGUGCCAUGCUGAUAAGUAGCACCUCCUUGUUCCUGGCGCCCAUGAGUCCCAUAGGAGCUCUCUAGUUUCCUGCGAUAAAUCCUCGGUUCGCCAGGAACCCCUGAAAGAGUCCAAGCCACCAGGGGCAGUCGGCCCUCCUGGACCAGCGGAUGGGGAAGAUAUGAAAUAUCUGUAUUAAUCGUAAGAAGACAACUUAGGCAUUUAGCACAAAAACAUGUGAAUAAAGAGAUAGAAAUAUACAUGAAGACAGAGGUGGGGAAGAGCGAAAGAGAGCAGGGUGGGAAAAUACUCGCCUCCUGUCAUUAUUAAAAUUAAGAUUAUCUGUACACUGAAGCUAGCAUAAUCUUCAAUUUUAUCACAUGACAGGAGGCUUCGUAUUUUGCAAUUUCAACGCUGAGUAAGUAGAGCAAAAGCUGGGUUAGAUGGAGGACGGAAAUAGAACGUCCUAAAGGUGGAUUCUCUGGUCCAGUCCGCCGCUCGUAAAAUAUCUGGAAGGGAGGCCCCCGCUGCGUAGGCAGAAGAGGCCGCGGCCCCUCGGACUGAGUGUGCACCAAAAGCCUGGUCUAUCCCGGCGAGGGCUAAUAGCCAUCUAACCCAUCUGGCCAACGUAGUAACCGAGACUGGAGCGUAGGGGCGGACGUAAGAGAUGAGAAGUUGGCGAUUGGAAGUAGGCCGCAACGUCGCGGUGGCUUCCACAUAUCGACGAAGAGUAGAGACCACACAGAGUUGUGGGUCUGAGGGAAAAAAGGGGUAAAAAACAGAGGAAGAGUCAGAUUUCGUGCGUCUAGAGAUCUGGAAGGUUACUCCCGCUGGGCAGAAGGUAAAUGCGUCGGCAUCGAAAGCGCGUACAUCGGACACCCGACGAAAGGAGACUAGGCAGAGUAGGAAGGUGAACUUUGCCGUAAGCUGGCGGAGUGACAAGUUCUCAUUAGGGGGCCAGUCCCGUAAAAACUGUAAGACUAUGCCAACGUCCCAGAGUCUCGAGUAUUUGGGUUCCGGGGGGCGCCGAAGGCGCAUGCCACGGAGGAGUCUACAGAUGAGUGGGUUCUGGCCCACUGGUGUCCCUUGAAUCGGCGUAUGAGCCGCUGAGAUGGCUGAACGUAUCACGUUGAUGGACCGGUAUGACUUCCCGGUUGUGAACAGAGAGGUGAGGAAAUUCAUGAUGGAGGGAAUAGGUGCCGUAAAGGGAUUGAGAUCCCGUCCCAGACACCAAGUGGUCCAGCAGUGCCAUGCUGAUAAGUAGCACCUCCUUGUUCCUGGCGCCCAUGAGUCCCAUAGGAGCUCUCUAGUUUCCUGCGAUAAAUCCUCGGUUCGCCAGGAACCCCUGAAAGAGUCCAAGCCACCAGGGGCAGUCGGCCCUCCUGGACCAGCGGAUGGGGAAGUCCCAUCGGGUUCCUGAGAAUGGAUGGAGUAUCUGGUAGGAGGAGGGGAUCCUUGUUCGAUAGUUCCAGAAGAUCCGGGAACCAUGGUUGGCUUUGCCAUAGAGGUGUGAUGAGGGUCAGUAUCACCCUCUGCCUGCGGAUUCGGUGGAGAACCCUCGUAAUCAUCGAGAAUGGAGGGAAGGCGUAAGCCCCGUGUUGUGGCCAUUGUUGCAGAAACGCGUCGGUUGCUAGACUCUCCGGAUCUGGGAGCCAACUGAAGAAGUCCUUCGUCUGACGGUUGUUGCGGGAGGCGAAUAAGUCCAGGGAGAAGGGGCCCCUCUGUGUAUCUAGCAUCGUGAAAACGCGAGGGUCUAGUUGCCAGUCGCUGGCGUCCCUCCAGUGGCGUGAGUACCAAUCUGCUGUCGUGUUGGUCUCUCCUGGUAAGUGUUCCGCCAAUAGCGUGAUGUUGCGAGGCAGACAAUAAUCGAAGAUUUCCUUCGUGAGUUCUACUAAUGCUUGGGAGCGGGUGCCUCCGAGUCGGUUGAUGUAUCUUACCGCCGAGACGUUGUCCAUCCGGAGAAGGAUGCAGCAGUUGGAUCGUUCUUUUGCCAGACUGCGAAUGGCGAACGAUCCCGCCAGGAGCUCCAAACAGUUGAUGUGCAUCGAAAGUUCUUGGGGAGUCCACACUCCCCCCGUGGAGGAGGUGCCGUCUGUUGCUCCCCAACCUGAGCGGCUGGCGUCUGACUCCAAUAUGAAGUCUGGUUGAUUUCCGAAUAUCGCCCGGCCAUUCCAAGCCUGCAUGCAGUUCAGCCACCAGUGCAGUUCCUCCCGAACUUCGUCCGACAUGGGGACCGGUUGGUCGUAUGUUGGGUCUUUGCGAAGGAACUUUGUCUUGAGGCGUUGCAUGGCUCUGUAAUGCAGGGGUCCAGGAAAGAUGGCCUGGAUGGAUGACGAGAGCAGGCCCACUAUUCGUGCUAGUAGACGUAAAGGUAUGGAUGUCAGUCGAAGUACCUUCCGAAUUUCUCUGCGGAUGGUGGCAAUUUUUGCGGCCGGGAGGCGUAGCGUGCACGAUAUUGAGUCUAUCUCGAACCCAAGGAAUUCGAUCGACUGAGCAGGAGUCAGUGAUGACUUGGGGCCGUUGAUAACGAAACCCAGUGAGUCGAGGAGGUGUACAGCGUAGUCUGUAUGUCUCUUUAGGGUCCUUGCAUCCUCGUCGAAUAUCAAGAUGUCGUCGAGGUAGACGAUGCAUCUUAUGCCGUGGGCCCUUAGUCUCGCCAUUACCGGCUUCAUCAUUUUGGUGAAACACCAUGGGGCCGAACUGAGGCCGAACGGGAGACAGGUGAAUUGCCAAGGUGUCCCGUGCCAGUAGAAGCGGAGGUAUGAGCGGCUCCUUUCGUGCACCGGUAUGGUAAGGUAUGCGUCCUUUAGGUCUAGACGCGUGAACCAAUCGUUGUCUCGCAGUAGGUCCCGGAGAAGAUGGAUACCCUCCAUUUUGAAGUGGCGGUACACCACAUAGGAAUUGAGCUCCUUGAGGUUGAUGACGGGACGGAAUUCCCCAGUUUUCUUCCUGACUAGGAAGAUAUUGCUGUAGAACCCGGUUGAGUCCGGAGCUGGUUGGAUGGCACCCUUGGCGUGUAAGUCCUGAAGUUCCAUGUCUAUCAAAGAAGCGUCUGCCCGUGAAAACUGAAUCGGGCGAGGUGGUGCCUGUUGGAGUGGCCUCGUCUCGAAUUCUAUUUGAUAGCCCCGCACCGUCCGAAGUAUCCAUGUGUCGGAGGAGAGGUCUGCCCAAUUCUGGAAAAAAAGAGAAACACGACCUGCGAUAUGGCAAGGGGUUAGAGGCAGUAUAGAAUGGUAACUUACCGUUGGAGAAUCUCGCUCGGGAGCGUCCUCGGCCGCCACGGCCACGUUCCGAUCCCCUGAACUGAUGGAAUCGAUGGCGUGCAGAUGGAUCUGUGUAGAAUGGUUGCGACCUGGUUGUGCGGGGGCCGGAUGGCCAGAAGCGGCUGGUGGCACGGCCCCUCUGCCGACCAGCCCUCCCAAAAACACCACGGGUGUUGUGGCCGCGGAACACUUUCCGCAUUGAUGUUUGUGCCUUAUUGAGGGAAGUGAAUAUGUUGACCCUCUUAUUAAGCUCAGUAAGGAAGGCCUCGCCAAACAGUUUGCCCUGUGCCAAAGGGCCUAAUUCUUUAUCCCCCAGUUCGACAAGCUUGUCAUCGAUUCUGAAAAGUGCUGCUCGGCGCCUCUCCGAAGAGAGGGCCACAUUAGUGUUCCCGAGGAAACAGAAGCACCUUUGUGCCCACUCUCGGGUAUCUCGUGCCCACUCACGCACCAUAUCUGGGGAGAAGUCAUCAGCCCUUUCAUAGGCAUCAUCUGCCAUAUCCAUGAUCCUCGCCAAAGGCCCGAUGGCAUCUAAUAGUUUGUCCUGAGCUCCCUUGAAACCACGUUCCACACCCUUGCGUGGGUCCCGACCCCCGCGGGACAUGAAUGUGGUCAUAAGCGGGUCGAAUUCGGGGGUGUGUGCUACCUUAUCUGGUAGGCUCGGGCGAGGACAUUCAGAUCUCAUACGCUUUCUCACUUCUUUGUCCAGAGACUUCCGGAGCCAGAAGUGCAUGAAUCUGGUCAAGUGUUCGGGUGGUGUCCAUUCUUCCGAACGGGGAUGGCGAAUGUUCCUAGGAUCGAACAUUCGGAGGCCAGAAUUGUCCAAAAAUAUUUCUGAACCCUCUUGUGGGAUGUCUAGGGAUGUGGUCCCGGAGUCCUGGGGCGCAGCGGAGUAAUCGGAUUCCUCUUGGUCGGAGGCUGCCGCCUGCCAUUCGUCAACCACGGCUAACGCGUGUGAGGGACCUGCGUCCUCUUCCCCAGAGGAAACCUGAGCGGGUUUUUGUGAUGAUUUGCUUGUGUCUCGUCUGCGUUUAGCAGGGGCCUUUCCUUUGGAUUUACGUGGUCCCAUAGCCUCGCCUUUCCAAUGGCGCUUAGGGGGGUGGGAGCGUUCCCUGGAGGAAUCGGAGUCUUCCGAAUCCGCCCCAUAAUGAGCCCGUUUGGGAAUGGGCUUAGAUGCGUCUUGUUCCAAUUGGAACGACUUAGCCAAAGCUUUUUCCAUGGAUGCAGCAACCGCUGCUGCAAUCAUGGCCUGGAGAUCUGAGGGAUUUUGGGAUUCUUCCAUGUUGUUAAUCACACUCGGGGCUCACCCAGUGAAUAUGCGUGAGGGCACUUGUGGUACUUGUGGCACAAAAUGGGGAGGCCUGGGGACCAGGGGGUGGUGUAGAAUAGGUAGUGGUUAACCUGAAAGCGCUAUGCGACUGGUAAGUCAAGCGAGGGCUGUCGCUGGGGCUCACCCAGGAAUUUGGAAUCCUGCAUAAACAGGUCCUUUCAGCAGCACAUGAAAGGGGGCUCACCCCUGCCAGAAUAAGGGUAUUCCCACUGGCUGAAACCGACCCCAAGUGCAAAGCACUAACCUGAUACUGGUCCCACAGUGAGCUGAUAAGGCUGCAGAGUUCAAAGAGUAUUCCAGAGUAUUUGUGCAGUAAUAAUAGGCUGGAGUAGUAAGCAGGAUAGUAGUAGCCGUUUAAAAUGGCCGCCGGACUGAAAGCAGAAGGAAAUGGGAGGUUUUAGUACCUCCCCUAGAUGUUUUGAGCGGCAAAAAAUUACCCGAACGGCGGGCGUUCGCGCUUACGAAUCAGCCGAACGGAAGCGUUCGGCUAAUACGCACGAAUGCAAGCGCCUAAUAAGAGACGUUCGCGGGAAUUUGCCGAACGCUAGGCGUUCGCAAAGGGAACAAGUCUAUGCGAACAGAAGUGCCGUUCGCGAAAAAACGUGCGAAUGACGAUAAGGCGGGAAAGAAACCCGCGAAUUUAACUGACACUAGGAAGUAUAGGUGAAAACGGCGAAAAUGCCGUUAAGACUCCCUGAAAGGGGGUAAGCCAAAUAAAAGCAGUGGAAAAAGUCCCAGAGCUAGAGGGGUGGGGGGAAGCCCCCAAAGGUAACAAUACAGAAGUACUAAAAUAACAUAAUGAAUAAAUGUAAUAGAAAUAGAAAAAUUAGACAGUAGUUCUUAAAUAUAGAUGACAAAUAGUGUAAGGACAGAGAGGAAAACCAAGUCUGUACUUAUCUUGUGAUGGAGCAGCAAAGAAAGAGGAAAUUAUGUCAUACGUUACACCUCUUAUACUCUAUACUGCAUUGUGAUUGGUUCUCAGUUAUGUCACUCUUUUCUUUGCUGCUAUGGAGUUAGUAAAGAAAGAUUAUGCAAAAUACGAAGCCUCCUGUCAUGUGAUAAAAUUACAAUUAUCUGCCAUUUAGGAGUUAAAUCACUUUGUUUAUUAACCCUAGUCACACCUCCCUGCGUGUGACUUGCACAGCCUUCCUAAACACUUCCUGUAAAGAGUCAUCUAGUGUGUAUCCUUCCUUUUUUGCAAGUUCUGUUUAAUUUAGAUUAUCUUAUCCCCUGCUAUGUUAAUAGCUUGCUAGACCCUGCAAGAGGCUCUUGUAUGCGAUCAAAGUUCAAUUUACAGAAAAAGAGAUACAAUUGUUUAAGGUUAAUUACAUCUGAUUGAAAGUGAAACCAGUUUUUUUUUUUCAUGCAGGCUGUGCAAGUCACAGCCAGGGGAGGUGUGGCAAGGGCUGCAUAAAUAGAAACAAAGUGAUUUAACUCCUAAAUGGCAGAGAAUUGAGCAGUGAAAUUGCAGGGGGAUGAUCUAUACACUAAAACUGAUUUAUUUAGCUAAAGUAAUUUAGGUGACUAUAGUGUUCCUUUAAGAAGUCUGUAUAUGUUUACAGGGAUUAGGGAUGUAUGAGGGUGUUCCAGUCCUGUGCUGGAAUACAGAGGUACGGCUGGGCAGCCUGACAGUGAAGAGGUGCAGGCCAGGAUUUAGAAGACUAUAUGACACAAGCUAUGGCCGUUUCCAAAUUCUCACGUUGUAACCAACUGUAAUAAUAUCCCGUUUAUACUGAGGAUAAUAAAUAAGGCAGAACAUGAAUUAAUUAAUAGUAGUAGUUCUGAAAUUACCUUUAUUUGUACAAAACCUUAAAAAGGAAUCAUGCCACACAACAUAUAUUGUUUUAAAUUCCAUAAAACCACAGUUACAAUGAAAUAUGGGGCUUGGACACCCAUGUUAAGCCCCCUGUUAUGGGAGAUAAACAUGGCGAUGGCUGAACGGUCUGAUACGAGAGUCUCCCGCAAUAUGAUGUGUGUGUGAAUUCGAAGGUAAAUCAUAAAUCAGAAAACGUCCCCCAAAAACACAGUAACUGGGGGAAAAGGGAAUGUUUUUACAAAUAGAAAACACCUAACAUUAUUCACCAAACAGCGAUUUGUAAGGAGCUGAAAUGUGAUUGGCAGAGAGUAUUUCCAGCGGUCAGUGUGAGGACAUGAAUAAUCCUUAGUAAAUCCCGCACACAUGGCGCCAGACAUGGUGUGAGCUGCUGUUAAUACCUGUUUCCUAUUACAGGCUGAGUGUUUAUGUUCCCACUGGUAUCGCUGCUUUUCCCUGUGAGCUGGUGCAUGCGCCGCGUGUCUGGGCAAAACACAAGUUUGGGAACAUUGCGACCUACACCUACAUGCCCAGAGGGGGGCAUUUCGCUGCCCUGGAGGAACCUGAGCUACUGGCCCGAGAUAUCCAGAACUUCGUCUCCACUGUAGAGAAGAGAUAAAUGGGGGAACAUGGAGAUAAUGUGUAUAACACCUUGUCACCGACACACCAUGCACUAAAAGAUAUAGAAUUAUAAUUGUAUGUUUUUUAUGUGCCAAGCUUAUUCAUCCAGCAAACAGAAUCCCACAUCUGACGUGUACCAUACUGUCCAAGAAUUCUUCUCUCUGUGAGACAGUCCUACAUUUCACCGCCAAUCACCCAUUAAUGAGAUAACUCUAUAAAGUGAUCACAGGGCUCCACAGAAAUAAUGAAAAAUAGUUACUUGCGCACUAUCACAAAUCCAUAUGUAGAUUUAAAAGAAUUGAGUUUUUUUUAGUAUCAGACACAUACACUGACACACUGACCCAUGCCGACACACACUGACCCAUACAGACUGAAAUACACAAACAAAUUCUUCACAAAAACACAUUGUGAUGUCCCAUUGACCCACUUACCUUUUUUCAUAUUUGACUGCUUUUCAUGUGUUCCUGGCAGCUUCCUGUGCCUGGCCGCCUUCACUCCGUCUCAGCCUCGCCCCUGCUAUGCUCCCGCCCACUUGUCCCCAUGUACAGGGUAAGGGACGGGAGCGAGAAAUUGAAGCGCCUUUGCACUGCUGCGUCAAUGCAAGUUUUUGUGGGGGUCCUGACUGAGCAGGCUGAAGUGGAUGACGCCGGACCAGUGUUACACCGGGCGCUGGUCAGCAGCCAUGUAAGUGCUCCCUAGCACCUGGUAACAUGGCCGGUGGCACGAUUUGUACAAUUAUUCAAACAUAGAGGGGCGUCCAAACGAGCAGAGCAGUAAAUCUCCUGCCAGCGCCCCCCUUUAAGCAGCGACUAGUAGGCCGCCUAGUUGGCGUAUAGGAAGCGCCAGCCCUGGCUGCAAUGUAAAUAUUUCAGCACUAGGUGCAAUAGGGAUACUCUACCCAGACCACUUCAAUUGGCUGAAGUGGUCUGGGUGCCUAUAGUGUCCCUUUAACAUUGGUUGAAAGACUUUAUUUGCCAUCAGGAAGCCCAUAUAUUGAAUGUUUAAAUCUAUAGAAAAUGCAUUCCAAGUGAUAUAGGAUAGAAAUUGACAGAAUAUUACUAGUAUACAAUAUCAGUUCAAUCCUCAUAGAAACAUUUGUUAGAUUUCAAGUAAAAUGUUAUUAUAAGCAGAGGCAUCUGAUGACCUGUUAACUAUUCUUAAAACAGACCCUGAACCCCAAAAAUGUUGGCCGAUAGAACUCCUCUAGUUGAUUGGACUCCAAACACCACCCUGUUUAUUCCUGUUUCAAGGGACACUCUAAGCACCAACACAACUUUAAUUUAGUGAAGUUAAAUAUAAAUAUAAGAGCUAGUUAGGCUAACCUCCUUGUGACUUAUAAUUAUUCAUAUUCUAAAUUUAUGAACAGGAAUAUGUAUGUAUGUAUUAUGCUGGGGAAUUACCAUGCAGCAUAUUACAUAACUAACACCAUCCAACCCCCCAAUAACGACAGACCACUUAAAAAUAAAUUACUGCAGAACACAUCCAUAACUUUAUUUAUUAUAUCUCUCUCUUCUUUCUGUAACCAAAUACGUUAGAAAUAAAUGAUCAUAAAUUAACAUAUAUACAUAUAAUAACUAAACGUGCUAUGCAGAGACCCAAUCGUCCUUGCCAAUAAACAUACAGUGGUUCCUAAUGACCACUUCCUCUCACCUCCCCCCUUGUCAUAAAAAUCAUAUCUGUCCAAUGCCCGCCAUCAGCCGACCUUAUCCACGCUCGAUGGGCACGACGCCCCAGGUAGCCUAAUGUUAACCGUUUGAAGCAGGGGAGGUUGAGACCUGCCAACUUAUUGAACUCACUCCAUCCAUAAACAUAACCCCUCAAACUUAAUUGGCAAGGACAUACUCUCGCUGUGACUAACUAAUACUAAAAGAGGUGGGCGGGAAGCUGUUUGCUGGCCCGAAUCCCAAGUGGCACUGAGGUAAGACCAACCCCCCCCCCACUAACUCACAUAGAACCUAACCCCACCCACACGUUCUUCCCAAACUACUCCCACGCAUCUAUCCCCACACUCCUACAUGUGCCCUUGUCCGCUUAGCUGCGCUAUCUCCCCAGGGCCUUUCUACUUCCUGUAGAAUAGUAACUAUUAUUUAUACCCAUAUUUUCUAUUUUUUUCUUGCAUUUCUUUGCACAAUGAAAAUGUGAUUAACAUGAGUAAUUAAGGAUAUCAAUUAUUUUUUUCUAAAUAAAUGUAAGAAAAUAGGGAAUAUUUUCAGUGGUUGUGAUAAAUGAAUGUUGUGUAGACGGUAGUCUGUGGAAAUACAUAAGGAAAACCUGGUUAAUUUUAUAUUGAAAUCUUGAACUGUCCCAUAAUUAGGCAAUUAUUAAAGGACAACUGUCACCUCCAAACUAUUUUUAAUCUAAUUAUCCUUUCAUCAGUGCAGUCAACGUGACCUUUGUAGUGCCGCUUUAAUUGGAGCAGCUAAUUUUUUUAUUUUUUUUAUUGAAUAAUUAUUUUGGAGUUACAAUAGAUUUGUUACUUGUUAGUAUGACACUGAAUAUCCCAGUAGACGAGUAGCUGUAAAACUGUCUUGCACCUAAUGUAUAAUUUUUAAAAAAAAAUGUACUUAUUAAAUG